UUCCCGAUAGAAAGCGUGAAAAUGGCCUCAAAUCAGGACAAGAAAAGUGGCUUGAUGUCCCAUGCAAUUUCCCGGCACUACAAGCAGCGUCUGGAGGAAGUGGAAAGGGAACUCCUUCUUGCCCAGCAGCCAGAACCUCCGACUGCGGAUGACCGAGCGCGUGAUGCUGUGCCAGUGCAGUUUGAAGAUGUUCCGAUGCCCAUGGAAGUGAUCGACGAUGCUGCUCCGCUUAGCGAAAGCGAGGAGGAAGGUACGACCGACGCAAGCAGCAGCGAGGAUACAGACGUGGAGGAUAUCCAGGUCGAGGUGGAAAUGCCAGACCAUCCGUACGGAGAUCUUUCGUGCGAGGAUGGCUUGAGGAUGUGGGCCCUGCAAACUGGACAAACUCAUCGGAGUUUGAACCUUUUGCUGGGCCAUUUGCGACAUCACUUCCCCCAGACCAAAUUGCCACGAGAUGCACGGACGUUGAUGAACACGCCUGUGUCCGGAGCACCGGAGACAGCCCUUACACCAAUCGCAGGUGGGCAGCUGUGGUACCAGGGUGUGGAAAAAUGCCUGCUUUCAUAUUUUCGCGAUUGUCAGCCAACCCAGGAGGGGUUCGAGUUGAACAUUUUUGUGGAUGGACUACCCCUGCAUAAGAGCAGUCGGACCCAAUUUUGGCCAAUUCUCAUGCAGGCUCAUAACGUUCCACAUACUCCUGUAAUGACGGUUGCUAUAUUCUGUGGCGAAUCAAAACCGUUAUUCGUCAAGGAGUUUUUGCAGCCGUUUGUGGACGAAAUGAACAGACUGUAUGUGGCAGGUCUGACAAUUAAAUCCCGCUCUUACUGGGUGGAAGCGCGUGCAACAAUUGCAGAGGCUCCGGCACGAGCAUUUAUUAAAGGUGUUAAACUGCAUAAUGCGUCCAGCGCCUGCAUGAAGGGCACAAUCGUUGGCGAAUUGGAAGGACACCGGAUGUACUUCCGGUAUGGUGAACAAUGCCCACCUCGGAACCACAAGGAUUUUUGUGACGACAAAUAUCCAACACAUGUCAACAACCCUACGCCCUUUACCAGUCUGUUAGAUUGCGAUUUCGUUGACGAUGUUGUGUCAGCCGAAGACAUGCACUUAAUAUACAAGGGCGUAGAGGCAAAGUUGCUACAUUUGUGGAUAAAUGGCUUCCCUGGUGUAACUUGUUACUUGCCACGUCGCCAGCAACGUGAAGUGUCGGCGCACUUGCGUCUGUUAAGGCUGCCUUCAGAUUACCAACGUAAACUGCGCGACCUGCGAUACAUCCAUCUCUGGAAAGCUUCCGAGUACAGGAUGUUUCUGUUGGUUGCCGGUUUCGUUGUUCUGAAGGAUAGACUUAUCGAUGCAGCGUACCAACACUUCAUGUUGUUGAUGAUGGCUGUGACGUUCAUGUCCACCACGUACCACGUUCGAUGGGCUUAA